AUGGCGAGGGCGGCGGAGAUGAGCAGCAUCCUGACGCGGAUCUCUCCAUCAGGGCCCAGCAGAUGCGGUGGCAGGAGGAGGGAGAGGGUGGAGAUCUCGCUGGCUUCCUCCCGAAGCGUCUGUCCCUCUUUCCUGGGCCAGAGUGGGAGGCCAUCAAGGAAGGAGCGGCCGGUCGGCAGCUGCUGCGCCUUCGUUGUGAGAUCUGUGAAGAUCACGGAUGCGAGCCAGUGGGGUGUCACGGCGUCCGCUGAUGGGGCUUUGAAUCUCGUAAACCCUUCCCCUGCGAUAGCCUGUUUGUCACACCAAUGAGAUAUGCGAAGGACUGCUUGGCUUGAUCGUGCGUUGUUCCGCCCUUUUUUUUUUCUUUUUUGUUCUGUUGAGCGUAGGAGGAGUUGAAGGUGUCCAAUGGCACGAUGGAUGCCGCGGUGGCGAGGAGGAAGACGAAAAUAGUGUGCACAAUUGGGCCGUCAACGAGCUCGAAGGAGAUGAUAUGGAAACUGGCUGAGGCCGGGAUGAAUGUGGCCCGUCUCAACAUGUCCCAUGGGGAUCACACGUCCCAUCAGCGCACCAUUGACCUGGUGAAGGAGUACAACUCCCUGUCGCAGGGAAAUGUUGUGGCUAUAAUGCUUGAUACCAAGGUAAACCUGAGUACCGGUUGCAAUUAUGUUGGCGGUCACGUUGAGUGCUUUGUUCAUGCCUCCUCCAGCGACCAUUCCUAUCUCAGACGUUUUGCUUACAGGUCAGGGACUAGAAUAUGUGCUGAUUUUCGUCAACUAUUUCGAGCAAUCUUUCGUAUGAUGGUUGAUCGUUCGCAUUGACGUACUGAUAGACAACUCUGUUUCAGUUCCAAUCACAUAAAAAAAUUCUUGAGCGUGUUCCUUUUCUGGUAAAUGUGUGUGCCUGUGGACUUCAAAAGUGUCACUGGCGGCCUCUCGUUUGUAUUUUUCAUAUCUCUUAUUCUCAAUGCAACCUUGCCUUUAUUCACUUUUAGCUUUGAACGAAAGUGCAUUGACGAAGUUUGACCAUAAAUCAUGCUCGGAUUAAAUUUUCCGCUAUUUAUUGUUCCACAUGCUUCAAUUCGAUUAGCAGCAAAUGCUCGCACACCACUACUAGAUGUAGAAGAGCACUUUUUAUGGGUAAAAUAAACCAUUUCCAUGUUCAUGUUGCAAUGCAUUUCUCUUCUAUUUUCCUCCAAAGCUCUGCUUUUUCUUAGCAGGAUAACAGACAUAUCAUUUCUGACAAAACAUUGUAGGGCCCUGAAGUGAGAAGUGGAGAUGUGCCUCAACCCAUAUUACUUACAGAGGGCCAGGAAUUCAACUUUACAGUAAAAAGAGGAGUCAGCACUGAAGACACUGUCAGCGUGAAUUAUGAUGACUUUGUGAAUGAUGUGGAGGUUGGUGAUAUUCUUCUGGUUGAUGGUGAGUGGAGAUUAUUUCUGAAUACCAUUUCUUUAAUCGAAAUCAUCUUUAAUCCCUUUAGGGAUGAUAGUAAAAAUCUUUUGAAAUUUAUUUGAUGACGGAGAGUAUACUUUAGCAGGUUGUUCCGAUGAUACCAUUUUUAUUUCUUUUCAUUUUCACAGAGAUAUACUGAGAGAAAUAGAGGGGGCACUCCUAUCACAUUUAUUUAAAGUAGAAUGUAUAUAGAAAAAUGCAUAUUCAAUGUAUGUAUGGUGACCUUAUUUCUCUGACUGCUAAAGGCUUGUUAAAAGUUUCAUGCUUCUUAUUUUGUGUACUAUUCACCAUCAUGAAGCCAGGCAUACACGUUUUUCUGUAAGUUAUUAUUCAUUUGAAUUUCAUUUUUUUUUUACUAUUACUCCCAUGAAUGGAACCAAGAAGAUAAAUUGAUCAUGCAAACUUACUAUUAAUCCAUGCUUCUUGUUUUUUGGACAGUAAAAUGCUUUGGUUUCGACUAAUUUCUCAGGACGUGCCAAAUAGGUCAUUUAAGUCAAUGUUUGCGAAUUUCAGUCGAGAUCUCUGAAAUAUGACAUACUAAAAUCCACAAUUUCAGCCUGGUAGAAAUAUGGGCCGCUCCUUGAAUGAUUUAUGAACCUUGGUGAAAACUUGAUUAUAACGGGGCCGGUGAUGAUUUUUAUUGUUUGAGCUUCUUAAAUGAAAGCCAAUAAGUAAGCAAUAUGGCAUUACUAAAGCUACAAGGAAGAUUUGAAGAUGACGUGAGAGGAUCUGGCGAAUACUAAUUGUCCUUAUGAAGAAUGCUGUGAAUUACGAUGCUGACUAGGAUGCAAAUGGGUUUAAUGGGUGGUGGUCUUAGAUGCUAAAGAUAUUUAUACACUUAUUUAGAGAAUGCGUUCAUUUAUGCACUUAUUUAGAGAAUGCACUUAUUUAUGCUAACGAUAUUUUGUAACAUCUGGGUGGCCGAUUCAGUUAUGUUAGAGAGAAAGUGGCUGGGGAGACACCAAAUCGAUGUUCGCCUAUUCUUGUUAGACAAGGACUUAUUCACCUUGUAAUAAUAUUGUCUAUCAAAUAGUCAUUUCAUGAAAGGAAUUAUUCUUCAGUUUCAGUUAUGAAUAAUGAAUACUGAAUAUUAUUGUAGGAGAAUCAGGUCAAAAAAACUUUUAUUACUCAGGAAGGUUACGAUUGCUGGUUGAAUUUUGUGGAUUUCCUUGAACCCUGGAAAUGGAGGUGCAUCUACGCACAUGUUUCUUGAUGUACCCAACAAAGAUCACUACCUGACUACUGGUCAAAGGGCAUGUGCGCGACAGCCUUACAUAUAGAUGAUGGGCAUCAUCGUACAUAAUAUUCACUGGGGUGGAAGUGGUCAUGCGCGAUUAUUCAUUCGAAACUUCCUAUCUUGACCUUUGUUUAUGAUUCAAAUAUGCCGCUCAGUAGGUCAUAUUGAUCAAGAUAAAUAUAUUCUAGUAUAAAAAGUUGGAGAUCAGGAAAAACUUGGUGGUGGCGUGGAAGCAUGUGUGUGCAGAGCUAUGGUAGGAAUGAGAAGCAGAGAAGCAACAUUGAUUACGUACCACAAAAUUGUAGGAGAGUGGGCUCCUCGGUAUUCUUUGGCCAGGGCUGAUUGAUCCUUUGAAGGAUAACCGUGCUAAUGACUCAGACAUCUGUAACAUAGCAUCCAGAUUACAAUCAUAUCGUUUUUUAUGGUUACUUCUUUUUUACAGAUUGCUUUAGUCUGAACGCAUCAGAAUCAUAUUUUAAAGGCAGAAAAAUGGAGAACAAUAUUUCUGACACGUAAUUAAACUGAUACAAGAGACUUUCACUUGCCUCAUAAAUUGUGUUUGUGUUAUUCAUAGGUGGGAUGAUGUCAUUAUCUGUGAAGUCAAAAACGUUUGAUACAGUUAAAUGCGAGGUAGUCGAUGGUGGAGAGCUGAAAUCAAGGCGCCAUCUAAAUGUCCGAGGCAAAAGUGCUACAUUACCAUCCAUCACAGGUUGCUUCAUUGUUUUUUCUAUCAGUUUCUGUUAUAUGCUUCUUCUGAAUAUUUCCUUUUUUGAUAAUGGGGGAUUAUCUGAAAUAUGGCAUCUUCUUUUCCUUUUUGGUUGUCACAGAAAAAGACUGGGAGGAUAUAAAAUUUGGCGUGGACAACAAAGUAGAUUUCUAUGCAGUCUCUUUCGUGAAGGAUGACAAAGUUAUAUAUGAGCUGAAAGACUACCUUAGAAGUACAUUUCAUACUUCUUUCAAGUUCCUCUUUGAAAUAAUAGUAACUAUUCUUCUUGAUUUCAAUGAUUGUAUUUUGAUAAGAAUACUCAUAGAAAUCUGUAUUUACAGGCUGCAAUGCAGAUAUACAUAUAAUUCCAAAAAUAGAAAGUGCUGAUUCUAUACCAAACCUUCAUUCAAUAAUUGCAGCAUCUGAUGGCGUAAGUCAAUGCCCUGCUUUGUUGAAGUUGAUGCAUUGUCUUAUUUCAAUUUGAUAGACUCAUUUCAAUACAGUGGCUGAAGACUAAAUUUCUAUGCUAUUUCUAGCAGUUUUUUCGUAUAUCAAUGAUAUUAAGUUACAGCACAUUGGUUGCACAAGUGUAAAUCGUAUUGCUUGCACUAACUUCAGGCCGAUCUGUUUCAUAAACAUCAUUUUGCACUGGAUAUCAUCCCAUUUCUAUAGUCAGGUAACACAGUGAGCAAAUAUUAAGAUAGACAAUGUGACCUGUAAAUCUCUUCCUUUAUAACAUAUUAGGGGGAAAUGAUCUUUAGGUAAGUCCUUCCCCAAAAUAGUUCAAAGCCAAGGUACUCAGAAUUGGCCCUUCUGAUAUAGGCGGUGAUUGGGGGGAGAGGGGGGGGUGUUUGGGUGUGUGAUCCCUAUGAAGUUGAAAAGAAAGCAAAAGGUGUUACCCGCCAGAGAUCAGCCCUGGUCUGAUCUGCUAGAUGAAAAGGCACGUCACAACUGCUGGUGAGUGCGUACGAAGAAGAAGACAGAAUAAAAGGGAUAAAAAUCUCUAUCGGCUGCUGUCAAUAGGGGAACAAUUCUCCCUGCUGCUGCUGGUAUAUGUCAUAGGUGGCACACCACCAGUUGUCAUCCCACAAAGAUCUCUGCCCUAUGCACUGUCCUGUCCCCCCCAGAAAGGGAUUAAGGACGGGGAGCCUUUUAUGAAAGGUUCGAUCGAAAAACCUUAAUGAAAGUUUUCUUUAUAUUUAUAUACUAUUAAUAAUAAAAAGGUACAAUUCAUUGUAGUGGGAUGUGACACUAGACAUGUGAUGAGACUACAAUUCAUUGAUGCCUGGGAAUCUGGGCACGAUGUGAAUUGAUUGACAACCAGUUCUGAGGAUAUGGGCAAAAAGGUCCAGAUAAACCGCAUACUGCUAUAACCCAGUUGAUGCCAACUCGACUUGAGUAGUUACUGACUGCUAGCAUGCUGCCAUGCAAGGGGUUGUCUGGAUAUCCUUAUGAGCGUUUUAUUUAUAGAACCCUUGCCAUUACCUCAGGUGCUCGUUUUCAACUCCAGAAAUGUUGCAGACUGUGGAGUCCCUGUAUACCUGUAUGUACACUGGUAAUAUUUGAGGCCGGCCUUUACAGAUGUUGUUGUUUAUUGCUUCAAGGGGAAGAUUGUCAUAUUGGUUGGUUUUGGGGAGCCUAGGAUAUCACUCGAUUGGCCAGAGGCCGAGUUUUAGGCAUUGCUAAAAGUCAGGUUCAGAAGCAAAUAGGGACAACAACGCAAGUAUCUUGUGUUGGGGUGCAAAGGUCCACAGAGAAUCAUAGAUCCAAUGCCAAACAGAGAUUAUAACACUAUUGUAGAUCAGAUCAGAUUCGGUGGUUUGAAAAUAAAAAUAAUUGAACUGUGGGUCAAAUGGAAAUGUUUGAGGAAUGCAACCCAAACACAGCCUGUUAAGUGUCAGGUGGGUAUUGGAUUCCGAUUGGAACCUAUGUAGUCAUUUUUUAAUUUAUUUGAUUUAUAAAAUAUUAUCUUUUGAUUUAUAUAUUCAAAGAUAUCUUUCUUUUUUCUUUUGGAGGUUAAGUGGCAGUAUUCUUGCUUUUCAUCUCUUGGGAAUUAGAUUAGUUGAAUGGUGUAGAGCUUGGUUUAUUUAGGAAAGCUUUUAUAUGUUUUUGGCCUUCAUUUUUGCUGAUUAUAUCAUUGGGCCUUUUGGUGUUGAAAGAUGGAAAUUCGAAUAUACUGAUUUGUAGACAAUUAUUUUCUGGAGGAUACUGAUUAGUAGACAAUUCUUUUCUGGAGUAGCCCUUGUAAAAUAAUUAAAUAAUUUGAAGCUCCAGAUCGGGUCUAGUCUAAUGGUUUUUUUUUUUUUUUUUUUCCAAAUACCGUCAAAUUGGAGGGGUGGUGAUGAAGAAAUUAAAUCCCUCUCCUACCCCAAUGCAUAUAUUCACAAAGCGGGUGAAAUCUACUUGUACUAAGAGUGUGGAUCCUAAUCUGUAUUAUGAAAAAAUUAUUUCUAAUGCUUUGGGCACUCGAUUUCUUCCUUCCAAGUAUAUGCGCGGAAAUAAUAUUUUUAAAUAUUACAGAUAUUCUAUUGUUUAUUUUUUGUUGUUUUCCUCGUACGUGUGGUAAACGUGCAUGUACAGAGACGACCUGUUUUUCUAAUUGCUAUUCCUGAUACAAAUAUUUUUAGGCAAUGGUUGCCCGUGGAGAUCUUGGUGCUGAGCUUCCAAUCGAGGAUGUUCCUUUAAUUCAGGUUAGCAUUCUUUUCUGUUUUUAACCUGAACAUUUCGUAUAAAUGUUUCUGAAGUUUUUUGAGAGCACUCCCAGGAUAAUAGCUUGAGUUCAAUCGAAAAUAUAGAUAGAACAACACAAGAAUCCAAAGGAAGAACAGGGUGAAAUAAAAAUGGGGGAAGAAAAGAAAUAAUGAUGGUUUCCACAGGAACCCUAGGACCAGUUCGGGGCUAAUUCGAGAGCGCCUUGUGGCGCCCAUUCCCCCUGGUAUAUUACGUUUGUCUGCUCUAGAAUACAUCUGCUUCUUUUCAGCAGCAGGGCAUCCCGCCAGUUUGGUGAGGAGUUCAAUUAUAUCAGUGAUAUUGUCCUUGCUUAAGAAUGCUGAGGCAUAUGCCUCAAGGUGGGAUACUAGAAAAUCAUCUUCAACCUAGUAAUCGGGCAGUUGACUAAAAGUGUACGACUUUGGUUAAACGAGGCAGUGGGGCACGAGACAUUCAAGUCUAGCCUGGGGUCCAUGAACCUCUUGUUUUCCUUUGUAGAAAGCAUAAACAUAGAGAGAGAGAGAGAGAGAGAGAGAGAGAGAGAGAGAGAGAAUACCUUAGCUAUGAUAGAACAGAGAGAAACAAAGGAGGGAGAGGGAGGAAUAGGGGAGACACCUCUCGCACCCACUAAGUCCCUUAAAUAGGGACGAACCCUAACAAUCAUUUUCCCAAAAUAGCCUUUAACCUAAUUACAAAAGCAUGAUCAUAUAGUGGAGAUUUUGCCGGAGAGCCAGUAAAAAAGUGAAAAUGGAUUUCGAAUGGAAUCCGGCUCUGCCUUAAAAGCAUCCAGCUGUCUUGUGCACAGUGCAGAUCAAGCCGGAACUACUCUUUUUAGCACCAAUGCUCUUUCCCUUUCCACCUUUGUGCCAUUACUUCCUAACUUCUCUCCCUCCUCAUACCUUCUAAUCUCUUUAUACAGAGUGUUGAGUUGGUCCAUUCGAUCUUCUCGUGUCGCAUAAUAACUUUUUUCUUGUAAGAAUAUUAGCUACAUGUAAUGGAGCUACCUCUACGAUGAAGAGAUACCCGUAGAGUUCCCCUGAAUUUUGUGUCAUAAUGCAUAGAAAAUGUGUAAUUUUUUAUUUUUUUUUAUCAUCCAAUUGUUCUAGUUUGAAGGUCUACGAUGAGCUCACACCAUGACGCAAAUUAGAACGAAUCAUUUGAUAUUUUCACGAAAUUCAUACAUUCAUACGCUUUCACUGUUUAUUUUGUAUCGUGCAAAAGUAUGGGAAAGUUAUGCCGAUUUCAGUAGUGUUAUUUUCUAGUGAUGCACAGACCUUUCUGCAAUUGAGAACAUUAAACCAUGCUAUAUAAGAACAUGAACAGGCAAAAAAAAAAAACUCCGUAGUGUACAUUUUUGAUGUAGAGAUUGCAUUUAAUCGUGCUGAUUUUUUCCAUCUGAUCCUCAAAAAAAAAAAAAAAAAACAGAAGACCAUAUUACUUGAAAUAUGUAGCAUGAUGAAAUUCAGUAUAAUAAAUGUGGAUAAUUCACUAGGAUUUUCUCCGGAAAGAAUAAUAUUCCCAAAUUGGCAAUAUUAUUUCUCUGUAACUUAUUCUACAGAUAGUGAUCGGUAGAUACCUAUACGUGCCAACUCUCUCUGUUCUUCUUAUGGCAUAUUAUUAUCUCACAGGAGGAUAUAAUCAGAACGUGCCGCAGCAUGGGGAAGCCUGUGAUAGUCGCAACCAAUAUGCUGGAGAGCAUGAUUAACCAUCCAACUCCAACCAGGGCGGAGGUAUCCGACAUAGCCAUUGCCGUCCACGAAGGUGCCGACGCCAUCAUGCUCUCAGGAGAAACCGCCCAUGGGAAGUAAGCACCCACCUCAUUUCUCCUAUAUAAAAAAAUAAUUAAUAUAGAUUUCUAUCUCAUUUACUUUAAUAUGCAAUAAUUUGAAAAUGUUCUUUCACAUAAUAAGGGUCUAACUAAAUAAGUUAUAAUUAAAAAAAUAAUAAACUGUUUUUUAUAACUCUAAGGGGCUUGUGCUCCAUGUUCUCAGAUGAUUUAUAAAAAUUUUGGGCUUUAUUUUUAUUUUUUAAAAAAAUAAAAAAUAAAAAAAUAAUUUCAUUAAUAUUUUGAUUUCUACUUAUAGGUACCCGAUAAAGGCCGUCAGGGUGAUGCACUCGGUGGCGCUGAGGAUGGAGUCGACUCUGUCUGCCAACGCCGCCGCAUUCAACCAGGUAGCGUGUUAUCGAUCAUAUGGAACAAUGUUCAGUGAUUGGAGUUGUUGCUCACACAUUGGUGGGGUGGUUGCAGGAUGUGUAUGGGGAGAUAUUCAAGAGCCACAUGAGCAUGAUGUUUGCGUCCCACGCGACGGCCAUGGCUAACACGCUGGGCACGCCGAUCAUCGUCUUCACUCGGACGGGAUCCAUGGCCGCCCUCCUCAGCCAUUACCGGCCGUCCUCGGCCAUCUUUGCCUUCACCAAUGAGUAAGCUCUUUUUUGCCAUAACUGGAAGUUAGAGAGAGAGAGAGAGGUGGGGAAUGGGCAGAAAUUGUUGUUUCGUUUUUAGGCGUGAUAUUGGGAUUGAAGCCAGGCUCUGGGCUGACGGCCUACUGACGCUGACGCCUGCUUCUUAUGAUCGGCAGAGAACGGGUGAAGCAGAGGCUGGCUCUCUACCACGGAGUGCAACCCACAUACAUCAGCUUCUCCAGUGAUGCCGAGGAGACAUUCUCUCGCGCACUCAAGUCCUUGAUGGUACGCCAUCAUCCUCUCUCUUUCUAUCUCUACUGAAUUGACUCCUCUAACCUCCUCUCUCUCUCUCGCGCGCGCUAAAACCAGGCGCAGGGUCUCCUGAAGAAGGGCGAGUACGUGACUCUGGUCCAGAGUGGGACGCAGCCCAUCUGGCGGCGCGAGUCUACCCACCACAUUCAAGUCCGAAAAGUGCAGGCCUGA